UGAGACAAAAGACUGAGGUAGGCAGGGGCCCAGAGGCUCGUGAGGUCUGCUCCAGGCUUUAUUUCCUGGUUCUUGCUGUGCUCUGGGCCCAAACCAUCCAUGGGGGAUGCAAGACACAGCCCACAGGGUAUGAAAGCAGAGUUCCCUGCCGGAGAGCAUGCAAACACCUCGGCCUGAUCCGGUUCCACAGAAGGAGAGCAGGUGUGAGGCUUUGCUCUGUGAAGCGGGACACCUCCCAUCUUGCUGUAGACCCAUUUGAGCCCAGGACACCCUGACGCACCCCACUCACCACAGCAGCAGUGAUGGGUCAGGACAUGGAGGAAUGGAAGCAAGAGUUUCAGACAUUAAUUCAGGAGGUAAAACCAGGGCACAGAUGGACCCUGACACCAGACAAAUACCUUCUUCCCGACAACCUGAAGCCUGGGUGGAUACAAUACCAGCAGCAUACCUUCGCCAGGUUCCAGUGUUCCUUGUGCUUGCGAAGCUGGGCCUCUGCCCAUGUGCAGGUCCUUUUCCACAUGCACAGGAGUGAGGGGGACUCCAGGGGCGAGGUGAAGAUGAGGGUCUUUGCCCAGAGAUGUCAGAAGUGUUCCCAGCCUCCCUUUGAGGCCCCACAGUUCAUGAAAGAGAACAUCUCGCGGAUCCUGAACAACCUGGUAUUGCGCAUUUUGAAGAAAUGCUACAAAGAAGGAUUUAAGUUGGUGGAGAUUCCCACAAUCAAGGAAGUCUCUCUUGAAGGACCACAUGAUAGUCACAACUGUGAGGCGUGUCUGCAGGGCUUCUGUGCCGAGAGUAGGUCAGGCCCAGUCAGCCCAAUAGUACAGCCCCCAGUGUCCCCACUGCUUCCCCAAAUAAGCUCACAGCCUGGGAGGGUCACCUCCCAAAAGCCUUUUCCCACAAGGAGUAGCCCCAGCCCCAUCGUGGAUACAGUAAAGAAAGAAAAGAGGCUACCCAGUCCCCAGCUUUCUGGGCCCACUCAGGCUGUGAGCUACCCCACUUACUGGAUCCCAGAAGCAAACACCGGACACGAUGUAGCACCCCCCUCCCAGGAGCUGUCCUCUCCCCACAUGGCCCAGAAUCCCACACACAUGAGUUUGUACCUGUGCCGCCGUGUUCCCAUCCCCGCUGUCAUCAUCAUCAUCAUCAUUGUCGCUGUCUUUCUAACCAAGAAAUCUUGGUUAGAAAGCUGAGCCUCCAAGACAAUCACACAGGAGCGUGUGUUGUAUUAUCCCACUGACAGGAAAUGUUCAAAAUAGGUCAAUCCAGAGACAGGAAGUAGAUUGGAGGCUACGGGAGGGGGUGAAAGGGGAGCAAUGACUUUCUAUGCAGGCUUUGGGGAAGUGUGAUUACAGUGUUUGGGACAAGGCAGAGGUGGUGGCUGCAUUGUGAAGGCACCAAAUGCCACUGAAGGAUCCACUGUGAGAGGUUCAGCUUAUGUUAUGUGAGUUUCACCUCAAUUAAAAAAAAAAAAUAAACACAAGAAAUUU